CUCCCCGCGUGAUCUUCUCCAACGACUUGCCUCGUUUCUCGGUUCUCAAGCCUCGAGUCUCAACUCUCAACCCAUUCCAACUCACGGCGCACACACGUACUCGGAAGCACACAAGCCUCCUCUCCUCUCCUCUCCUCUCUUCCGCUGCGUCUGCAUGCAUACUCCACGGCUCGGCUUCCGCGGCCUGCAGCCUGCAGCCAUGGACGCCCCCACCGCGCCACCAAGAAAGCUCUCGCCGCCCGCCGCGCCGCGGAGAAGGCUAUCGCCGCCCACCGCGCCACCAAGAAAGCUAUCGCCGCCCGCCGGACGGGCGCGGCCCGUGAACAAGAGCCCCCCGCGCCGCGUGCCCCAUCCCCAUCCCCCACCCCACCAUCGGCCGCCGACGCCGACGCCGCAGCGCAGCCACCUCCACGGCCAGCAGCAGCACAAGCACCAGACGUCCGCGUGGAGCGUGGGCUUCCUGAGCGCCUGGCUCUCGCAGCGCACCCCCGUGCUCGGCCUCCGCGCCUGGGUCCUCGUCGCCGCGGGCGCGGCCGCGGUCGUCCUCGCCCUCCUCGUGCUCACCGUCUGCCUCUGCCGGUGCCGGCGCCGGCGCCGGCGAUGCCCCCGCGUCGCCCCGAGCCUGCACCACGGGGGCGCGUCCAGGUCCAUGAAGCACCACCUGCAUCAGGCGAUAGCGGACAAGGACAUCGUCGAGGAGCCCGUUCGCUGGCACCCGCCGCCUCCGUGCGAGCCACCGUUCCAGCCGCCGAUCGAGGUCAUCAAGGCGGAGCAGAAGGCCCCGCUGAUCACGGUCGAGUCCGCGCGGACAAGCGGCGAGACGGCGACGAGCGUCGCCGGGAGCGCGCGCGGAUGGAGCACCGAGAGCGGCGGCGCCAGCGACGCGGAGGCCGACGCGUCGCAGCGCGGCUGGGGCCGCCGGUACACGUGUCGGGAGCUGGAGGAGGCCACCGACGGGUUCGCCGCCCAGAACGUGCUCGGGGAGGGCGGCUACGGGGUGGUCUACAAGGGUGUGCUACGAGACUCCACCCUCGUCGCCAUCAAGAAUCUGCACAACAACAGGGGCCAGGCCGAGAAAGAUUUCAAGGUGGAGGUGGCGACGAUCGGGCGGGUUCGGCACAAGAACCUGGUCAGCUUGCUCGGCUACUGCAGCGAGGGCGCCUGCAGGAUGCUGGUCUACGAGUACAUGGAGAACAGUAACCUGGACAAGUGGCUGCACCAUGAGGACGGUGAAAUUAGUCAGCUCAACUGGGACACAAGGAUGCACAUACUUCUCGGAACCGCUAAAGGGCUGGCGUACCUCCACGAAGGGCUAGAGCCCAAGAUCGUCCACCGAGACGUCAAAUCCAGCAACAUCCUCCUGGACGGGCAGUGGAACGCCAGGGUGUCGGACUUCGGGCUCGCCAAGCUCCUCUGCUCCGAGGCGUCCUACGUCACAACCCGCGUCAUGGGGACCUUCGGGUCAGUCUCAACUAAAUUUCCAUGUCACCGUUCAUUUACCUGGCCGCAGCUUAGCAAUUCGCGUUGCAGGUACGUGGCGCCGGAGUACGCGCGGACCGGGAUGCUGAACGAGAGGAGCGACGUGUACAGCUUCGGGGUGCUCGUCAUGGAGAUGAUAACCGGCAGAACUCCGGUGGACUACACCAGGCCCACCGCGGAGGUGAACUUGGUGGAGUGGCUGAAGCGCAUGGUGGCGGAGAGGAGGGUGGAGGAGGUGCUGGACCCGACGCUGCCGGAGGCGCCGCCGUCCAAGGUGCUGAAGCGCGCCGUCCUCGCCGCGCUCCGGUGCGUCGACCCCGACGCCGCCCAGCGGCCCACCAUGGGGCACGUGGUGCACAUGCUCGAGGACGACCUCAGGUUCAGAGAUGAACUCCAACUUGCGCGGGGUCUGUCGACCCACGCGUCGGCGUCGGCGUCGUCGGGGAGCUACGAGCGCGAGGAGUGAAGGGAACGCCAUGGACAUGGACGGAAGAAUGGCUGUGUUUCCUUGGCAUUCGCGCACCGAAUGUUCUUGUACAAGCUAGUCGAUCGGACCUCUUUUCUUCUCCGGUUGUGUUUUUUUGCAUGACAGCAAUGAUUCAAUCAAACAGCCGGUGCAUAAUCAAGGCUAGCAUUAGUGCGA